CUUACAUUGUCCACUGCGCUAGCUAGCUCGCAUCUACCUGGAAAGCUGAAAGCUAGCCAGAGCGCUAGCUAGCUUCGUUCCUCGUCGCCGCGCGCCGGCCAGAUGACUGCUCACCAGACUUGCUGCGAUGAUGCCGUUGCCGCCGGCACUGCACCGGCUGCCAGGAGGAGGCGCCUCAAAUUGACGAGGCCGUCGGCCUCGCUCUUGAUGGCGAGGAAGCUAAGGAAGAAGGCUGCCGGCAGCAAACGCCCAAGGGCGGCAGCGUCGAGGAAGCGCGCGAUGGCGAUCAGGAGGAAGAUGGAAGCGCUGAGGCUGCUCGUGCCACUCUGCGGCCGAGACAACGGCUCGGUGACCGGUGGGGCGGUCGAACGACUGGACGAGCUCCUCAUGCACGCCGCCGGGUACAUCCUGCGCCUCCAGAUGCAGGUCAGAGUGAUGCAGCUUAUGGUCCAUGCACUAAAUGACCGGCCCGAGGAUUAAUCUUCUUCCCAAGACCAUGUGAUCUUCCUUCUUUAAUUUCUUCUUCAUCUUCUUCGCGUGCCUGUGUUGCACGAGGCAGCUGUGCGUCGGUGUCUGGGUGCAAAUCAUUGGCUGAGUGUGUUAUUGGUGAUAUUAUUUGUUCGUAUAUACAGAAUAUAUACUCAUGCAUGCAUACUGUAUGAGAUGAUAGAGUAAAUCUAGACAUAUAUAGUUCAAGGAAACCUACAGCCAACAGUUGUAUGCAUGUGAGGGGGGUUCCUUGUCUGUAUGUACGCAAUUGUCUAUUGUGUGACGGUUGAAAUUGAAAUUUCGUCAAUCAUC